AUGGCUGACAAAACGACCUUGGAUGCCAAUGCGCAGUCGCGCUUUGACCUGAUCAAUGAGAACCUCGCCGAAAUCAUGAACCCCGAGAUCAUCAAGGGUAUUCUUGCAGAGGGUAAAAACCCUCGCGUUUACUGGGGCACUGCCUGUACCGGUCGUCCCCAUACUGGAUACCUUGUUCCUGCAAUUAAGAUCGCCCAGCUCCUCGCUGCUGACUGCCAGGUGGUCGUCCUCCUCGCCGAUAUUCACGCGUUCCUGGAUAACCUGAAGGCCCCUAUCGAACUCGUCAACGCCCGAGCUGAAUACUACCGGAAGGUUAUCACUGCCCUGCUUCAGGCUGUUGGGGUCAAGACCGACAAGCUUGAGUUCGUACUCGGCUCUAGCUACCAGAAAUCGCCCGAAUAUAUCAUGGACGUCUACAAGCUCUCCUCGGUCACAAGCGAGCACGACGCAAAGAAGGCUGGCGCGGAAAUCGUUAAACAAAGCUCCAACGCUCCGUUAUCCGGACUCCUUUACUCGAUCCUACAAGUCCUUGAUGAAGAAUACCUCAACUGCGACGUCGAAUUAGGAGGCCUGGACCAGAGGAAGUUGUUCGCGGCAGCUGUUGACUGGCUUCCUAAGAUCGGCUACCGAAAACGCGCGUCUGUGUUCUCCCUGGCCUCGAGCAAAAUUGACCUCCUCGACAACCUUGACGUUGUCUCCAAGAAGAUUCGCAAGGCCGAGGCUGCUCCCAAAAUUGUGGAAGAUAACGGUCUUAUCUCCAUGGUUGAAUUCACUUUCCUCCCAGUCUCCAGCCUUAAGGGCAAGAAGGAAUUCCGCUGCCCACGCAAGGAUGAGGAGGACCUGGUUUACAGUGAUAUCGAAUCCCUGAAGACCGACUACGCAAACGAUAUCUUGACCCCACAAAUCCUUAAGGCAGGUGUCACCGCCGCGCUGACCGAGCUGAUGGGCCCCAUCCAGGCCGCCUUCGAAGCCGACAAGGAAUGGCAAGAGAUCAACCUACGGGCCUACCCUCCCCCUGAGAAGAAGCAGAAGAAGAUCAAGGAUAGAGGUUCUCGUCACCCCGGUGCGAAGAAGCCGGAAGAGGCUGCCAAUGAGCAGGACUUGCCCGAGCGCCCGAAGGCUUGA